AUGUUCAACGCCGAUGCACAGAAGCUAAUCCAAGAGAUUAGAGCCAUGCAGACAGAGACAAGCCUCCUGGGAGCACCUUUCGGUGAUGAUGCCAUAUAUGCAGCACUCCAAAGAUGCACUAUCUGGCACCCAGUCUACAAAGAAAUGGUCACCACCAUCCAUCAAGUUAGUUUCAAUGCCCUCGCCACAGCAUUGAUGAUGCACCAAUCUGCAAUCGAAAGCAUUCCCACCCAAAAGGUGGAUCCACAACAGGCAAGCACCCAAGCAGCUGGUAGCAACAAGCAGGAUAGCGAUGCUGAUGAGGAUGCUGAAAGCUCAAAGGCUAAGACUAGACCAAGGAGGAUUCGCUGCUGGGUGUGCAAAUGCUAUGGACAUGGUGCCAGAAAAUGCGAUGCCACUGUCACCAUCCCCAAGAACUCUCCUCUCACCCAGACUAAAUAG